UCAUUGGUCAGUUCGUUCUUAUCUUUUAUUUUCCACUCAGGCGUGCUGGGAUUACAAGUCCAUUCGCCCCAUCUUCUGUUCAUACCUAACUUUUUUUCCAUCACACUACUUUUCGCUCAUGGUUUACCUCUACAAAACCAUGUUCUAUCAUCACCGAUUCACCGCAUGUCCAUUAACCACCUCUGCCUCCCUUAAUCUCAAAUUUUCUAUGGUAACCCAUUAAAGCCAUUACUCCCAAACCAGACCUUUAUAUGGGACUCUUUGGGGUCACUUCCCAAAUGCUUAUUUUGCAACAUUCUUCUAUCAUUUAUUGCUGAGCCUAAAAGCCUUAAAUUGUGUUCUUUCUUUACCUUAAACAACCACAACAAAACAUGAGGAACAAGGCACAGCACAACAAGUUCGUGCGGAUCAUGUCAAUACCCAUAAGGGCUUUAUCAAAAGCAAGAGACUUUUACGUACGCAGCAUGACUGGAUGUGCCCCAAGAGUUGGUCACAGCAACCCAACUGGGUACCCUGUGAUUUUGCCUAAGAGCUUCAGUGGCAGCUCGGCGAGGUCAAAUGACAAUGAUGAUUACAGGGAGCUGAUUAGAGCUGCCUCGGCUAGGACUAUGACUGAUAUGAUUGACAUGGAUAUGAUCCUAAAGCGGCAGCAGCAAAAGGUGAUGAAUUCUUCUUCAUCCAAGGAUUUGCCCAAGAGUGCUAGCGUUGGUAUGGGCAGGAUUGAUGAAGAUGGGCCUUGUGAUGAUUUUGGUAAAGAUGUUGGUGUUGGUGUUAGUGUGAAGUCUGAUUUGUUGUAUCCAAGAAGCAGGAGCUAUGCUGUCACAAAGAGAAGUGUUAUGAUCUGAUGAUUGAUUGCCAAUUGAUUAAAAGCCUAUAAUAAUUUUCAAUCUUGUUUUUUUA